AUGGACGGCGCAGAGAAAAACAUCGAAAUCUGGAAGAUCAAGAAGUUGAUCAAGUCCCUUGAGAUGGCCCGAGGUAACGGUACGUCGAUGAUCUCGUUGAUCAUCCCGCCAGGGUCGCAGAUUUCUUUGACGCAGAAGAAGUUGACUGAAGAAUACGGUACCGCCUCCAACAUCAAGUCUCGUGUGAACAGAUUGUCUGUGUUGUCCGCUAUCACGUCGACCCAGCAGAAGUUGAAGUUGUACACGCAUUGCCCCAAAAACGGACUUGUCAUUUACUGUGGUGAUGUCAUCACCGAUGAAGGGAAAGAAAAGAAGUUGAACAUCGACUUUGAACCAUUCAAGCCCAUCAACACCUCCUUGUACUUGUGUGACAACAAAUUCCACGUGGAGGCACUUUCUGAGUUGCUCCAGGAUGACGACAGAUUUGGUUUCAUCGUUAUGGAUGGUAACGGUGCUCUUUUCGGUGCUGUGAGUGGUAACAACAGAGAGGUGUUGCACAAGUUCACCGUCGACUUGCCCAAGAAGCACGGCAGAGGUGGUCAAUCUGCUGUUCGUUUCUCGCGUUUGCGUGAGGAGAAAAGACACAAUUACGUUAGAAAAGUCGCCGAGGUUGCGGUGCAAAACUUCAUUGAAAACGAUAAAGUCAACUGCAAAGGUCUUAUUUUGGCUGGUUCGGCCGAUUUCAAGAACGAGUUGUCCAAAUCCGAUUUGUUCGACUCCAGAUUGCAGGCGCGUGUCUUGAAGAUUGUCGAUGUUUCCUACGGUGGAGAAAAUGGUUUCAAUCAGGCCAUUGAGCUCUCGGCAGAGACCUUGGCCAACGUGAAGUUCGUUCAGGAAAAGAAGCUUUUGAACACCUAUUUCGAGGAGAUCUCUCUUGACUCGGGUAAGUUCUGUUACGGUAUCGACGACACCUUGAAGGCCUUGGACGCUGGUGCCUGUGAAACCGUAAUUGUCUACGAGAAUUUGAACAUUGUCAGAUACACGUUGAAGGACUCCGAAGACCGCGAAGUAAUUGUCAACGUCAACCCAGACUUGCCAGACAAAUCUUACAUGAUCGACAAGGCAACGGGCACUGAGAUGGAGGUAGUGAAAGAGGAGAUGUUCUUGGAGUGGUUGGCUGAAAAUUACAAGAGCUUCGGUGCUACGCUUGAAUUCGUUACUGACCGUUCCUCGGAGGGUGCUCAGUUCGUGCAAGGUUUCGGUGGUGUUGGUGCUCUUUUGAGAUACAAGCUUAACUUUGAACAGUUGGCCGACGAGUCCGACGAGGACGAGUACUACGAUAGUGACGAGGAUUUCAUUUGA